GGUGACGUCUGCGAGUCGGUAUUAUGGGCUGUCUGGUAUAAGCAGCGGUUGAAAAAAAAAAAGCAAGAUAUCCGAGUAAACAUGGAGCUCUCAGCUGUAGGGGAGCGAGUGUUCGCUGCCGAAUCCAUCAUUAAACAGAGGAUUAGAAAAGGGCGAAUGGAAUACCUGGUCAAGUGGAAGGGCUGGUCUCAGAAGUACAGCACCUGGGAACCUGAGGAAAACAUCCUGGAUGCCCGCCUGUUCGCAGCGUUUGAAGAAAGGGAACGUGAAAGGGAGCUGUUUGGUCCUAAAAAGCGGGGACCAAAACCCAAAACGUUUCUGUUAAAGGCACAAGCCAAGGCCAAAGCUAAGACAUAUGAAUUCAGAAGUGAUGCAGCUCGGGGGAUUCGAGUCCCUUACCAAGGAGGGAUUGAUCCAGAUCCUGGUAUCCCUCCCAGGUCCCGAGAAGGGUUGAGAAGGAUCGUCCCGACCAUUCUGCCUCCUGGCAGCAUCAACAGAGGAGAAAGUGUUAGAAGCAGCAGGGCUGUAGAUACCUUGCGAGAUAAAAAACAAACCGACCCUCAAAAACUGAUCGCAGAAGGAGUACGAGUGCCUAAAAAACGAGGACCCAAACCUGGCAAAUCCCGUUUUAAAAAUAACGCAGCGAGUUUAGUCACAGAGGCUCCCAAAAAAAGUAAACUGGACGAUCUUGGGGAAAGUGCGGGAAAUUACCAGUGUUUGAAAGCAGGAAAUCCCGAUGGAACUACCUCCGAGAAGACUGGACCAGGUUUAAGUGUGAUUCAGUUGGCCAGGUGGCAGCAAGGUGAACCAGUUUCUGGUCACAAACAUGGACGAGGGGCACAGAGUGGCAGCACCCAUAAAUAUGGUACAGAAAGCAGUAUUAACCUGGCCAAAUCAGGCUUAGAUGUGCCUAGGACUAAGUAUAGAGUAGAAAAUACUGGGUCCCCACACCACAGAAGGAAGCAUGUCUCGAGAAACAGUACCUAUGCGCCCAUCAAUAAUUCUUCAAGUUCAAAACCAUCCCUUAUUGCCAACAUACCAGUGUCGAGAAUACUAGGGGAGCCAGAAGAAGAAUCCUGGAGCCCGUCUUUGAAGAACCUGGAGAAAGUUGUUGUAACAGACGUAACAACAAACUUUCUGACCGUAACCAUCAAAGAAAGCAGCACGGAUGAAGGGUUCUUUAAGGAGAAAAUAUAAAAAUAAUAAUGAUUUAAAAAACAAACAAACAAAAAAAAAACCAUGAGGAUGUUAUUUAUAUUCUGAAGUGAAAAUACAUUUUGAAUUUCAGUCUUACAGAAAAAAGUACAUUUGAAAAAAAAAAAAAAAAAAAA